AUGUGUGGGAUUCGUGAUUAUCAUCCAAGACUCCAAAGACACUGUGAAGGCACCCCCGACUGGCUGUGGCAGGAACUUCACAUCCGCCACAUCCAGGUCGGAUCCCGCAGCCCGGACGGCGCCAAGAGGAAAGCAAAGUGGGCAGGACCCACGCGGCACCGGGUCCCGACCCGCCUCCACCCGCAACGUUACCGAAACGUACCGAAGCCCGUUUCCUUCCCUAGAGCAGCGCGGCGGAAACGCCCCGGCGCACAGCCCGGGGUGGGGCUCAGGGACGGCCCCGCAGCAAUCUUCAGUCCUCCGGGCGGGGAGGCCAGUCCCGCCAGGUCCCCACUCUGCAGGCCCAAGGGGGCCCGUGUCCCGCGCACCCCGGAGCCCCCCCGCUUGGUGCACCGCGUACCUACACCCCCUCUGGGACUCCAACCCCGGCGUCGGCCAGCUCUCCGUCAGGCACCGGCGAAAUUCCCGCCACCGCGCGCCCGCGCUCCCGAGGGGCGGGGCCACGGCGCAGCCCGCCCCCGGGGCUCCGCUCGCGAGGUCUCCGCGGGAACCGCCGGCACUCCGCAGGUUCUCGCGAGAGCAAGGCCUGGCGACCGCUGGAUUUCCCGUGGGCUGGACCCCGAGAAAAGAGUUUUGCUCCAGCGAGCUCGAAGUGGGUGUCUCGUUAACACCCAGAGCCGCGCCGUCGCCUCUCGUGGCCGCGCUGGUGCCGGCAACUCUUUUGUUAGGAUCGAGGAUGCCUAUUGUUCACGCUCUGUGGACGAGGCAUGGGCAGAGAGGAGGAGAAGCCAGUGUAGAGGAGCGCUGACAGACACUCUCUGCGUAGGAUCAUCAUGCCGAGCACAAACUGGACUUUCCCACUUGCCUGGCAGGAGUGAGACAGAUCACUGUGUGCUAAAUGAGCAUCUGAGAUGUCCUUGGCGUGUGCACCCCUGUGGAAUCCAGUUCAUCUCCAAUCUGUCAGGAAGUAUCAGAGGUGGUUUUGACUCCUUAUGUCCUGGGCCUGUGCACAAAAUGUGUGCAGCUGCCCACAAAGUUGCCAGCCAUGAGUGCCACAGAAACAGAGUGGAGGGAAAUACCAGAGAGAAAGGCUUUUUCCCAACUCAGAAUUUCACUUGUGCCAAGAAUUACACAGACUCUCAUGAAGACAUUCCAGCAGUUUCUGUCUUACCUUCUGUGGAGGAAAAUGAGAUCCCGAGUGAAGUCUACAAUGUCAUUGACUCUGAAGAAGGACUCAGAGACCCAUUGGUGUUUAAUGACCCUUACUGGCCUAUGCAAUGGGAACUGGUCCUUCUCCUUCACAACUUCCAGAGAAAAUUUUAAUGUUCCUUGACCAUUGAUGGCUUCUGCGUUUCAGCAAUGCUACUUUAUAAAAAAAAAUUGCUUUCUAUUUUUUUCUUUAUGUCUAUGAGAUUUUUUAAGGAAAGCAUAGACUCAAAUCAUUAUUGAAAUGGGACAUUGUUCCUUUAAGGUUUAAUGGUGAGAAAGAAGAUAAACAUAUCUAAUUUCCUUAUUAGGAAUGGGCUGGCUUGAUAGGAUUUUUAUCACUGGAGGCCUCUGACUUCUGUUCAUGCCAAAAGAAUGCCAGACUGCUGGGUUGGUGGAAGGAAUGAGAUACUAUCCAGGGAAGUAAACAUGCAUUAAAAAAGAUAGUCUGUAUACUACA